GCUCAUCUCGGUUUGCCAGCAUUCAGGACGGUGACUUGGUAAAUCACACAGUUACUGUACGAAUUGACAAAUCUGUGAUUGUGAAGGACUCGUUCGCUAUGGAUACUUACUAUAAUCAGUCUUCAGACAACCCUCAUCACGAGUGGUCAUCGGUUGUUCUGACUUUGGACCCAGAUGUGGACGAACAAGAACUGAUUGAGUCAAUGAAACAGUUCAGCCAAAUCCACUCUUUGGAUUUUUCUUUUGAUGAAGACACUAAUUGCAGACACAUUUAUGUGACUUUUGAGCAUUCAGGACGGGACCAGCAACCAGAUCCUGUGGUCCCCACGAGCCGCUUUAUUGAGCUGAAGACACUGCUCGUGAGCAAUCUGCACCCAAUGGUCACCGAACAACAGCUUAUUGAAAAGUUUGGUGCAUUGGGGUCCAUCUCGACUGUGCAAGUGUGCAGAAACAACAUCAUCUCUCCUGCUUAUGCCUUUGUGACUUUCCAUCAUCGACGUGAUGCAGUGCGAGCACAAAAAGCUCUGAACUUCACUGAUUUACUGAAUAAACCUCUGAUCAUCAUGUGGGGCCCAGACAAGACAAUUGAGGUCCUCUCAGAUAAUGACAGCAGCUCUCCAAGACAAACAGAGGAGAGAGAGACAGCUGGAGAAACAGAGGAGAGAAAGACCAGUGGAGAAACAGAGAGAAAGGCCGCUGGAGAUACAGAGGAGAGAAAGACCAGUAGAGAAACAGAGAGAGAGGCCGCUGGAGAUACAGAGGAGAGAAAGACCAGUAGAGAAACAGAGAGAGAAACCGCUGAUAAAACAGAGGAGAGAGCGAACAGCGAGUCUUCAUGGGGAAGAAGGAUCUCCAACAAUGUGAAAAGUGCUGUGAAAGCUGCGGUGAGCAGUCCAGCAGCCUGGGUCGGAGUCGGCAUAGGUGUCUGUGCUGCUUAUGCCUACUUCAGGAGCAGGAGCUAGUGUGGACACAUUCUAAAAGACGAGAAGGCCUGCCUCACGAUCUCCACUCAUCAUCCCCAGAGUGACCAAUCACUGCUCCAGAAAGACCUUGAUUUCCCCAGCAGGCCAAACACUUGCAAUAAAUGUGAAUUGAAUAAA